AUAGAAACAGCUUCCAUGAUUCACGUGCUUGCAGAGUGCAGAGUUGAAAGUGACCCAGGGAAGUGUUUCUGCUGGGCGGAUUGUUGGUUUAAGAGAUCAGGCUCGCUGCCUGGCCGAGCUCUCCAGUCUGCCAGCUCCUGUGUUCAUGUUGGGUGUGUCUUCACCCUGUGGCCUUGGGCUCCAGCAGCUGCUCUGGGGCCUCCUCACUUCCACGGAAGGCCAGCUUUGCUGAGCCUGUGUCCGUGUCUUGUCCUGUGUCCCGGCCCCCACACCCAGCACCUGGAGAGGAAGGACCCUGCGCAGUCUUCCCAAGCUCUGCCUGUUUCAGCUCUCCUAGGGUGGAGCCUUCCCAGUUGUUCAGACAACAUCCCCGAGGAUCUCCGAGACCCCUUUUACAUCGACCAGUAUGAGCAGGAGCACAUCAAGCCACCCGUUAUCAAGCUGCUCCUUUCCAGUGAGCUCUACUGCCGUGUCUGCAGCCUCAUCCUCAAAGGGGACCAGGCAGCUGCCUUACAAGGACACCAGUCAGUCAUCCAGGCCCUGUCCCGGAAGGGCAUCUACGUGAUGGAGAGUGACGACACCCCGGUGACGGACACCGACCUCGGCUACGCCCCCAUAAAGAUGAGUGCCCACAUGGCGAUGGUGGACGCCCUGAUGAUGGCCUACACCGUGGAGAUGAUCAGCAUCGAGAAGGUGGUAGCCAGCGUCAAGCGCUUCUCCACGUUCAGCGCCUCGAAAGAGCUUCCCUACGACCUCGAGGAUGCCAUGGUGUUCUGGAUCAACAAGGUGAAUCUUAAAAUGAGAGAGAUAACAGAGAAGGAAGUUAAGUUAAAGCAGCAGUUGCUGGAAAGCCCGGCUCAUCAAAAGUCACCCUCCAAGUGGUAUUGGAAGUUAGUGCCCGUCCGCUAUCGGCGAGAGCACCUUUCCGCUAGGCAGUCGCCCUACUUCCCGUUGUUGGAGGACUUGAUGAGAGGCAGCAGCGAUGGCGCUGCUCUCUUGGCGGUGGUGCACUAUUACUGCCCCGAGCAGAUGAGACUGGAUGAUAUAUGCCUGAAGGAGGUGCCGUCCAUGGCUGACAGCCUGUACAAUAUCCGGCUCCUGAGAGAGUUCGCCAACGAGCACCUGAACAAGUGCUUCUACCUCACUCUGGAGGACAUGCUGUACGCCCCGUUAGUGCUCAAGCCCAAUGUUAUGGUUUUUAUUGCUGAGCUCUUCUGGUGGUUUGAAAAUGUCAAACCCGAUUUUGUUCAGCCCCGGGAUGUUCAGGAGCUGAAAGAUGCUAAAACAGUGUUACAGCAGAAGAGCAGCCGCCCCCCUGUGCCUAUCUCCAACGCCACCAAACGCAGCUUUCUGGGGAGCCCUGCUGCGAUGAGCCCAGCUGACCUGCAGCCCACUGCGCUGCCUGCUGAGGGUGGGCUCCGGUACCACCUCCACUCCGAGGAUGCUGAAUGUCUUGGGAAGGGAACUUCUGCAUUUAGCCCGUCCCAUCCUCUACUGCCGCUAAGGCAGAAGCAGCAGAAAGCAGCACAGGCCGAGGAGACGACCGAUCAGCGACAUCGGUCUAAUUCUCUAACCCGAGUUGAUGGUCAGCCACGAGGCACAGCAGUAGCAUGGCCGGAAAAAAAAAACAGGCCUGUGUCCCAGCCAACACCCUUCGCACUGCAUCAUGCCACCAGCUGUGAAGUGGACCCUGGCUCCGGUGACAGCAUCAGCUUGGCCCGCUCUAUCAGCAAAGACAGCCUGGCUUCCAACAUUAUCCACCUGACACCCCAGAACCAGCCGCACCCCACGGCCGGGAAGGCCAAUGGGAAAAGCCUCCUGAGCAACGUCAGUAUUGAGGACGAAGAGGAAGAGCUCAUGGCCAUCAUUAGGACGGAUGUGACUGCCCACCGAGGGGACCUGGAGGUCACCAGGGUCUCCCCUCGUGCGCCAGUUCUACCGGCCAGUGCCAGGUCUCCCCAGAGGCAGCUGGACACUAUGGAGAAUAAGCCUGACAGUUUCUUCCUGGAGCCCCUGAUGCCGGCAGUACUGAGGCCAGCAAAGGAGAAGCAGAUUAUUACCAAGGAGGACGAGUGUGGGGAAGGGAGGCCGAGGAGCUCCACAGCCAAGCGGUCCAGCGAGGGUCCCCAGCCACUGGCACGAAAGAAAGUGACUGGGGCUCAUGGUGGGCGGGACUUGAACAGGACUUUCACCCCCAUUCCUUGUUCAGAGUUUGUGGCAGGCGUCAACCCUGCCGAGGCACAUCUGCGAUCAGCAGAAACCCUGGGAGAAGUGCGUGGGGGACCUCUGGCCAUCGGUGGGUUCCAGCCGUCGCCCCAGGGUCAGCCUGCAGAUGGCUUCUUCCUUCACGUGGGCAGGGCUGAUGAGGAUGCGGAAGGGAGGUUGUGCAUCAGCUCUAAGAGCCCCAGCUCACAAGACUCGGAACCCUGGACGCUGCUGAGGCAGGACUCCGACUCCGACGUGGUUGACAUAGAGGAUGCGGAGCAGGACUUCGUUGGUGAGGAUCACCCCCUGGUCAUCACUGCCUAUGCUGGAGAGGAGGAAUCGGCCAAGUUGCAGGAGGACAUGAAGGUGCGGGAGCAUGAAGACAAGGACGGCGCCAGUGGCCGCUCGAGCCCGUGCCUGAGUACAGCCUCCCAGCUCAGCAGCGUGUCCCUGGCCAGCGGGAGUGUGAAGAUGACCAGCUUCGCCGAGCGGAAGCUCCAGCGACUCAAUAGCUAUGAGACCAAGUCCAGCACCAGCAGCUCCCAGAAGACCACGCCCGAUGCUUCAGAGAGCUGCCCAGCGCCCCUGACCACAUGGAGGCAGAAGCGGGAGCAGAGCCCAGGCAGGCAUGGCAGGGACGCCGCCAGCCUCCUGGCCUCUGAGCUGGUGCAGCUGCACAUGCAGCUGGAGGAGAAGCGCAGGGCUAUCGAGGCACAGAAGAAGAAGAUGGAGGCGCUGUCUGCGCGGCAGCGCCUGAAGCUGGGCAAGGCCGCCUUCCUGCAUGUGGUAAAGAAGGGCAAGGCGGACAGCGCCCCGCAGCCGCUGCGGCCGGAGCACUUUGCGAAGGAGUACGCUCAGCACAAUGGUGAGGAGGUGGACAGCGGCACUUCCAGAACAGAGGGCUUGCUGGCCCGGGACGAGCAGAGAGAGGGCCUCAGUGAGUCUCGGGAUGUGGAUGGAGACAGCCUAGCUCUCGUCCAGCCUCACAGACCCCGAGAGGCGGCCGUGCUGCACGACAUGGAUAAGAGCAAGAUGAUCUCCACGGCCCUGCUGGAGGACGGGGUGGGUGAGGGUGUGGAUGUGACCGAGUGUGAGCUGUCCAUCGAGAAGCUGAAUGAGACCAUCAGCACGCUGCAGCAAGCCAUACUGAAGAUCUCACAACAGCAGGAGCAGCUGCUCAUGAAGUCCCCAACCAUCCCGAUGCCAAGCUCCAAGAGCAACUCCCAGGACCAAAAAGUGAAGGCUGCCAUCCACUUUGUGGAGCCUCUUUCACCUCCUGGGGUGGCUGGUCAUCGCAAACCGCCCCGGCUGGGCCAGGGCCGGAACUCCCGCUCCGGAAGACCAGCGGAGCUCAAAGUUCCGAAAGACAGGCAGCAGGGCUCCUCCAGGAGCAAAACCCCGACACCCAGCAUGGAGGGCCUCCCACACCUGCGCCCUUUCCCCCAAGGACACCCACAGCGCACACCCCCCGAACCAGGAGCAGACGGGGCUGCAGACCCCAGCAGCCACCCUCCUGAGAAGGGGCUCUUCGACAGUUACCGGCUCCAUGACGAGAGCAACCAGCGGACAUUUGUUCUGUCCUCAUCCAAAGAUCCCAAUGUCAUUGCGGAGCAGAUGGGCCUCAGAGAAAUUCUAGAUGCCAGCGUGAAAGAGGGAGAGCUGAGCUCCUGCAGCAAAGAGCUCCUCCCUGCGAAGGAGGCUGUCUCCGUGGAAGAGCCACUGAGGAGCAAGGCCAGCCUCAUCGAGGUGGACCUGUCCCACCUGAAGGCCCCCAGCGAGGAUGGUGAGGUGGCGGGCCAGGACAGCACGACCGAGCUCAUCAGUGACGUUGACCAGAAGCCCGGGGUCGGCUUCUUCUUCAAGGAUGAACAGAAGGCGGAAGAUGAGCUUGCCAAGAAGCGGGCAGCUUUCCUGCUGAAGCAGCAGCGCAAGGCAGAAGAGGCACGGGUGCGGAAGCAGCAGCUGGAGGCUGAAGUGGAGCUCAAGCGUGACGAGGCCCGACGCAAAGCUGAGGAAGAUCGUAUCCGCAAGGAGGAGGAGAAGGCGCGGCGAGAGCUCAUCAAGCAGGAGUACCUGCGGAGGAAGCAGCAGCAGAUCCUCGAGGAGCAAGGGCUCAGCAAGCCGAAGUCCAAGCCCAAAAAGCCUCGUCCCAAGUCCGUGCACCGUGAGGAGUCAUGCAGCGACUCGGGCACCAAGUGCUCCUCCACCCCUGAUAACUUGAGCCGGACGCAUUCUGGCUCCAGCCUGUCCCUGGCCUCUGCAGCAACGACAGAACCUGAGAGCGUGCACUCAGGAGGCACGCCCUCGCAGCGAGUCGAGUCCUUGGAAGCUCUGCCCAUACUGAGCCGCAACCCGAGCAGAAGCACUGACCGGGACUGGGAGACAGCGUCAGCAGCGUCCUCUCUGGCCUCAGUGGCCGAGUACACAGGUCCCAAGCUCUUCAAGGAACCCAGCAGCAAGUCCAACAAGCCAAUCAUCCACAACGCCGUGUCACACUGCUGCCUGGCUGGGAAGGUGAACGAGCCCCACAAGCACUCAGUCCUGGAGGAGCUGGAGAAGUGCGAUGCCAACCACUACAUCAUCCUGUUCCGCGACGCGGGCUGCCAGUUCCGGGCGCUGUACUGCUACUACCCCGACACCGAGGAGAUCUACAAACUCACCGGCACGGGGCCCAAGAGCAUCACCAAGAAGAUGAUCGACAAGCUCUACAAGUACAGCUCGGACCGGAAGCAGUUUAACCUGAUCCCCGCCAAGACCAUGUCUGUCAGCGUGGACGCGCUCACCAUCCACAGCCACCUGUGGCAGCCCAAGCGGCCCGCAGUGCCAAAGAAGACCCAGACUCGUAAGUGACCCCGGCACGGCCGGGUCCGAGAGGACAUGCCGGUGAGAUCCGUAUUUAUUAUUUCCUCCAUAUGGGUACGAAGCGUGCAGGGUCACGGACCUUUUCUGAGCCUCUGUCCAGAAGUGGAGCUAUGGACGCCAAGUGUCCAGGCCACACUGCCGUGGCCCCGCUGACCUCCGGGCCUCAGAUGAGGACGCCGUGAGCAGAGCCCUGGCUGUGCGUCUCCCUUCCUUGAAGCUCUGCAGGAUGAGCUCCGCCUGUGCUCCGGCCUCCUGCUCCCUUUGCACAUUGCCUGAGCCUCGCGCUGGCCGGCGGGGUCACCCGGGAUCGGGGCAGAGGCACCCUUGGUCGGGUGUUUGAAUGUCUUCAUGAGAGGAGUCCGUGUGGGAAAUCUUUUUCAUUUGCAAAAUUAUAUGAUAUUUAUUGAUUGUGUCUACUGCCAACCUUUGUAUCUAGUUCUGAGGUUUCUGAACAACAUCCUGUUCCUUGCUGCUCAGACAAAGUUUACUGAGAACACCAGUUCACUAAGAGCACUGAAAUGGGCGACGUCUGUCUUUGCUAAAAACGUUUACAAACGCGGAGGGGCUGCUUCUGCUGUGAGCAGGACCGUGAGGGCACUGGCGGCUGGUGCAGGCCAGCGCGGCAGCCCGCGGUGGUCUGUUCACUUUAAUAAAGACAGUUUUGGUACCGGA